AAAACAUGGGAAUUCCAAGAAUUCCAAAUAGGAGACUAGAAAAUUUUUUCGUUCAAAGCCCCGUUCAAAGUAGGUAAUUUCCCAGUCAAAAAUUCCGACAAUCUUUAUGAUCCUUCUCUAUAAAUACCCAUUCGAUUAUUCUAUCUGGAACCACCAAAACACAUUUUUGCUCCCUCUUAUUCUCUCUUACAAUCUACCAACAAAAAGAAAAAAAUAAUUCUGUUCGUUGGUUUUAAAGAGAAAGAAAAUAGAUGGAGCUUGUGGGUCUAUAUCAAUCAUUUCCUUUAGCCACUGGGUUUUUCCUUCUCAUCCUUGUAUGGAAGUUAUUAUUUUGUUGCUGGAUAUCACCUACUCUAGCUUAUCUUAAACUUAAGAAAAAUGGGUUUGGAGGUCCAUCUCCAAGUUUCCCGCUAGGUAAUAUUAGCGACAUGACAAAGAAGAGCAAAAGCAUUUCUUUUGGGUCUUCUUUGGAUAUCAUCAACCAUGAUAUACAUUCAAAGGUGUUUCCCUACUUCUCUAUGUGGCAAAAGUCCUACGGAAAAGUAUUCAUAUACUGGCUAGGCACAGAGCCAUUCUUAUAUGUAGCAGAGCCAGAGUUUCUUAAGAAAAUGUCUUCCCAAGUUAUGGGGAAGGGUUGGGGAAAACCAUCUGUUUUCAAAUUUGAUAGAAAACCCAUGUUUGGAAAUGGUUUGCUUAUGACUGAAGGAGACGAAUGGGUUCGUCAUCGCCAUGUUAUUGCACCCGCAUUCAAUCCGAUUAACUUGAAGGUAAUGGCAAGCUUAAUGGUGGAGUCCACCACAAAUAUGUUGGACAAAUGGAGUAGUUUGAUAAAUUCUGGCAAUCCGGAAAUCGAUGUUGAGCACGAAAUCACAGCGACAGCCGGAGAGAUAAUCGCCAGGACAAGUUUUGGACUAAGUUACCAAAAUGGCAAAAUUGUUCUUGAAAAAUUAAGAGCCCUCCAAAUGACUCUUUUCAUGAGCAACCGUUUUGUGGGAGUUCCUUUUGGAAAAUUCUUAUGCCCUAAACAAAACCUUGAGGCCAGAAGGCUCGGGAAAGAAAUCGAUCAGCUUUUCUUCUCGAUCAUCACCGAUCGAAAGAAAUUGAUGAAAAGUAGUAAUGUUCCACCACAGGAUUUGCUUGGUUUGUUGCUAAAAGAGAGCCAAGUAGAAGGUGGUUUAGGGAAGACAUUAACGAGUGGAGAACUUGUGGAUGAAUGCAAAACUUUUUUCUUUGGUGGCCAUGAGACAACAGCCUUAGCAAUUACAUGGACUUUGCUACUUCUUGCUAUCCAUCCAGAAUGGCAAACUCAGCUUAGAGAAGAGAUUAAAGAAGUGAUAGGAGACAAAGAAAUUGAUGCAAGCUUGCUUUCUGGGCUUAAGAAGAUGGGAUGGGUGCUGAGUGAGAUUCUUCGACUAUACCCAUCAGCACCAAAUGUGCAAAGACAAGCAAGAGGAGACAUUCAAGUAAAUGACCUUACUAUCCCUGAUGGAACCAAUAUGUGGAUUGAUGUCGUAGCUAUGCACCAUGACCCAAAUCUAUGGGGUGAAGAUGUAAAUGAGUUCAAACCUCAAAGAUUCAAGGAUGACAUUAAUGGUGGAUGCAAACACAAAAUGGGAUAUUUGCCUUUUGGGUUUGGAGCAAGAAUGUGUGUUGGUAGGAACUUGACCUUCAUGGAGUAUAAGAUAGUCCUAACCUUGAUUCUCUCUAGGUUUUCUUUCACACUCUCUCCAAACUAUUCUCAUUCUCCUUCUAUUAUGCUCUCUCUUAGGCCUAUCCAUGGCCUCCCUCUCAUAUUCCAUCAACUUUGCUAGCUACUAUCUGUUUUCACUUUUCAUUUUUUUUUUU